UUGUGCCUGGAAAAUAAACGAACGGAAGAAAACUUGGAACGGGAUAACGGAAAGGGAAUCCGCAGCUAUUGACAUAAUAUGUAAUUAUCCUAACAUAUCGUGUCAAUGAAAGAGGGUUGAGAGAAAAAAGUUGAAGAAUUUGAGAGAGUCUGCGCACCUUCAACAUUUACUCAAUUCAAUGUGUCAGCGUGUAAGAAAAACGAGUGGAGGGAGAAAGUGCAAUGAGGAAGUGAUGAGCGAAUGCAUGGUGUUUGCAUAUACCUAAAUAUUUUAUAUACUACUUGAUUUGAAUGCUACUACUACGUUAUACGAGUAUAUACAUGUGUGAGUACCAUGUGGAGUGUAGUGAUAACGACAGAGUUCAUACGUCGUUAAAUAGUGAAAAAAUAAAAACAAAAAGGUGCACAAAGCGUACAGCGUACAGUGAAUAAAAUGGACUGGAGUCCUCACUGAAAUAUCACUGCAAGUGUAGUGAAGAAUUUAAAAAAUGAAGAAAUAUUACGAGUAAAAAAGCAUAAAGCGGAAAAAACGAUGCAUGAAAACCGACGCUCCAGCAUCAGCGCGAAAGGCAACGAAUGAAAGUCAUAGACACAACUUAAGGUGCCAAAUGCCUUUAUCGAAUGUGGUAUAUGAUAUACAAGGAGCCGAAGCAAAUUAGUGAAUAAAUAAUUUUAUAAAACAAAUGUUUUAAAGUUGAAAAUCGAAGAUUUGUUCACAGUAUAUGGUGUUAAUUGAAGCGAUUGGAGAUAAAAGAUAAUACUUAAAAAGAUAUAUAAAAAUAUUGUAGUGCUUGAAACAGUGUAUACAGCAGAUAUGGAAUAUUGACUUCAAAUAUGAUUAAAAAGCAACUUCUUGGCUUGGUAAAGAGGUGAUCUAAGCAAAUGGAAGGAAAUAUGUUCGUGCACUUACACAAUAUUUCAAGUUGUAUUAGACGUAUUAAUGAAACAUAGCUCAUUUGCCAUUCACACAACGUACUUAUUCUUCAUUUUAAUAUUUAUGAUUCGCUGGAAAGUUUUCUUUAUAAUAAGGUGCUAACUUCAAAUUCAAGCAAUAAAAACCAGCAAGCAAUGGAAGAGUUAAUAAUGCGCUUAAAAAUAACAUUCUUUUUUAAAUCCUUGUAAUAUGUACAAGAAAACGAAAGUAAUGCAAAAAUCCGUGUAACAUAUGUCCCUUCGUAGUUUUGUUCGACGAGCAUCCUUAAAGUGAAAAUUGGUUAACCAGUUAUCUUUGUAUGGGUUCAUUAGUAAAAACAGAAAGUGAUACCAGUUCACUGUAUGGUCAAAUUACAGUUGUUUAAAAACCAAAUCAUACAAACAUAUUUAAGAAAACAAUAUUUUAUAGGUGUUAAAGUGCUGUGAUGUGCAUGAAAAUUAUAAUUUACAAUAUGUCAAAAAAUAAGUAACUUUACGCCAAUAAUUGAUUUCACAAGACACUAAUGGAGAUGAGAUGGAACCAUGUUAAGCGGCACUAUGCAGUACAUUAACAGAAUUACUUAAAAAGAUGUAUAAAAUAUGUAAUGGAAAGGCGAAUUCUUCAUAAAAAUGGGGUUACAUUGCCUUGUUAAGGCUAUAUUGAUCGUAUAUGCCAUUAAAGCUGAUUUUAGCUUAAUUGCAAAUGGGCUAGACUUGCAAGGACCGAUAUUUCUACAUGAACCACUGCAUCGCAUUGAGUUUUCAAAUAAUACAGGCGGCUUAAUAGAAUGCUCUGGACAUGGAAGCCCUCCACCAGAGGUGGAAUGGACUCCAAUACCUCCCCAACAGGACAUGGUCUUCACACUCUCCAAUGGUAGCCUAAUGUUUUAUCCGUUUUCAGCAGAAAAGUAUAGACAUGAAGUACAUGCUACAGUUUACAGAUGUAAAUUAAGAAAUCUUGUUGGUACGAUACUGAGCAGGGAGGUGCACGUACGUGGGGUUGUCAACCAAAAAUAUACAGUGCAAGUUCAUGAUGAAUAUGUGAUGUCUGGCAACACGGCUGUUUUAAAGUGCCAGGUGCCCAGCUACAUGUCUGAGUUUGUUAUGGUGACAGCUUGGGUUCAAGACACUGGCAUGCAUCUCUAUCCCAACACGGACAUUGGCGGAAAAUAUACAGUGUUAUCAAAUGGCGAACUCUAUAUAAAUAACGCGGGGACAAAUGACGCAUUUAAGAGUUACACCUGCCGCACUGUGAAUCGACUUACAGGUGAAAUUCAAAUAUCUACAUAUCCCGGACGCAUCAUUGUCACAGAACCAAAAGGUAUGGUGCAACCGCGUAUAAACGUCGAAAAGCACUCACUUCGACAUGUUAUGCUUAAUGGACAAACAACACUGCCUUGUAUCGCUCAAGGUCAUCCUGUGCCAACUUAUCGCUGGUUCAAGGAGGAAAACGAACAGCUAUUGCCUCUGCAGUUAAGUGAGCGCAUUACAAUCGUUUCUGCGGGAUUGUUAAAGAUAGCAAAGGCUCGUCUAGAAGAUAGUGGAAAAUAUCUUUGUUGGGUUAACAACACUGCCGGCGAGGAAACAAUUCAAGUGUCAUUAACGGUAACGGCACCCUUAACAGCACAUCUGCAGCCUCAGGUACAAACAGUGGAUGUGGACAAGGAUGCGCAAUUUCAAUGUAUAGUGUCCGGACAUCCCGUGCAUGAUGUCAAUUGGUUACAUGACGGAAAACCAAUAUUGCGUGACAAUCGAGUAGAGAUACUAACUGACCCACCAAGACUGAUAAUUAAGAAAGUGCAAAAGGACGAUCCUGGGAUGUAUCAGUGCUUUGUUUCGAAUGAGUGGGAGCAGAUUCAGUCGACAGCUGAACUACAACUGGGAGAUGCAUCUCCAGAAUUACUUUAUUGGUUUUCGGAGCAAACAUUGCAGCCCGGACCCACUGUGUCGUUAAAGUGCGUAGCAACUGGAAAUCCUUUACCGCAAUUUACAUGGUCACUCGAUGGAUUCCCGAUUCCGGACAACUCUCGAUUUUUGGUUGGUCAAUAUGUAACCAUUCAUGAUGACGUUAUAAGUCACGUUAACAUAUCAAACGUCAAAGAGGAAGAUGGCGGCGAAUAUGCUUGCACAGCACAAAAUUCAAUUGGGAAAGUAUCACAUAGUGCUAAGGUGAAUAUCUACGGGCUUCCAUUUAUUCGAGAAAUGCCUAAAAUAACUGGUAUCUCAGGCUCAGAUUUAAUUGUGACGUGCCCUGUAGCAGGUUAUCCAAUAGAUAAAAUUCAUUGGGAGCGUGAUGGUCAAACACUGCCUAUAAAUCGCAGGCAGCGCGCUUACAAUAACGGUACUCUAAUAAUAGAGCAACUGCAGCGACUCGAGGAUGCUGGAACUUACACAUGCAUGGCUCAAAAUAAACAGAAGCAAACGUCGCGUCGUAAUGUGGAAAUACAAGUUCUAGUUCCCCCAAAAAUUAUGCCAAUUCAGGCUAUGACGAAUAUGUUGCGUGAAGGCAUGCGUGCCGCGAUUUCCUGUCAGAUACUGGAAGGAGAUUUGCCAGUAAGUUUUCGUUGGGAACGUAAUGGAAAACCAUUAAUAGGAACAGGAAAUGAGGUAUUUCGUCGAUUGGAUGAAUACUCUGCCAGUUUAGUGAUAGAACAUAUUACCUCGGAACACUCGGGCAACUAUACAUGUAUUGCCAGUAAUAUUGCCGGUUUGGAACGCUUCACUGUACCGCUUACAGUUAAUGUCCCUCCAAAGUGGGUAUUGGAACCAAAAGAUUCCAGCGCGCAGGCUGGACAAGAUGUUUUACUACAUUGUCAGUCUUCCGGAUAUCCAAAACCAACAAUAACAUGGAAAAAGGCAAUCGGUCCAACACCGGGAGAAUAUAAAGACUUUUUAUAUGAACCUACAGUACAACUCUUUCCGAAUGGCACGAUAUACUUUAAAAAGAUAAAUAAGGAGUCACAAGGGCACUUUCUCUGUGAGUCAAAAAACAACAUCGGCUCAGGUGUCAGCAAAGUCAUUUUUCUAAAAGUGAAUGUACCCGCUCACUUUCAAACCAAAACUAAGCAGAUUUCAGUGGCGAAAGGAAAGCAGGUGCACAUUCAAUGUAAUGUUCAGGGUGAUAAUCCUAUCGACAUCAAAUGGAAAAUGCACGCAACACAGCAGUAUUUAGAUGAGUCACUCGAUUCCAGGUAUACAAUUCGAGAUCAAAUAUUAGAUGAUGGGAUGGUCUCUGAAUUGGGCAUUUCACAUACGUAUCGACAAGAUACUGGGAUUUAUAUAUGCCAAGCUAGUAAUGCAUUUGGCCAGGAUGAAAUGUCGAUUCAGUUAAUUGUACAGGAGGUUCCAGAACAACCGAAAAACUUGCGUAUUAACUCACAACAAUCACGCAGUCUGCAACUAACUUGGAGUCAGCCCUUCGCUGGAAACAGUCCAAUCGAAGGAUAUCAUAUAUACUAUAAACAAAUAUCUGAUAUUUGGCAAAAUGCAGAGCAUAUCGCGAUCACGGGUGGACAAACGGUUGUUAAUAUACAAAACUUACGUCCAGCUAAAGCCUACCAUUUUCGGAUGACUUCUGAAAAUAAAUUGGGUGCGUCCGAGUAUUCAGAGGUCGUACAAGUAACCACACUGGAGGAAGUUCCUUCGGGACCACCGUUGAAUGUGCGCGCAGAAGCAAAGAGUUCGACUGAGAUAUCAGUCACUUGGGAUGCGCCAGAACGCGAUCAUUGGAAUGGAAUAUUGCUUGGCUACUAUGUUGGCUAUCAGAUGUCAUUGUCACCUGAAGACAAAGAGGUGAAUCCUACCCAAGGGUUUAGCUUUAAAACUGUGGAAGUGCGCUCACAUUUUGGGGGUGAAACUGUACUGAGUAAUUUAAACAAAUAUACACAGUAUCAUGUUAUUGUACAAGCGUACACAAGUCAAGGUAGUGGGCCACCGAGCAGAGAGAUUGCCGUGCAAACAAUGGAAGAUGUGCCUUCUUCACCUCCCGAGAGUCCUCAAUGCGACGUGCUUGGAUCAACUUCAAUUUAUAUAACAUGGUCACCACCGGAUGUUGAUGGACAAAAUGGCAAGAUCAAAGGAUACAAAGUAUUUUUUAUAUCUGUUAAUGAAUUAUACGAGACGGAUCCCGAUGUUGUGAAGUCAACCAAUCAAUAUGUUACCAUAGAAAACUUACGCAAAUAUACUAAUUAUACGGUGUGGGUACUCGCAUAUACCAAAAUUGGAGACGGUACAAAAACGAAGCCAUUUCACUGUCGCACACAUGAGGAUGUACCUUCGGCGCCCCAAGCCAUCAAAGCGAUUCCUGCAUCCAGCACUAAAAUCAUUAUUUCUUGGCUGCCACCGGAAUUUCCUAAUGGAGAUAUUACCGGCUACACUUUCUAUAUGUCCAUGUUGGAGGGGGGUCGUGAAGAAGGCACUCACAAGCGCAUACUUGGUCCCUUUGUUGAAAUGCACGAGACUCAACGCACACAAGAAUCCGCCACAUAUCAAUUCUGGUUAACAGCAUCUACGAAAAUUGGUGAGGGUGAGAAAACACAAGUUGUUACUGUGCCACCGAACAACAAAGUGCCCGCACGCAUUGUAUCUUUUAGUCAACGUUUAAUAAGUCCCUGGAAAGAGCAUCUGGAAUUGCCUUGCCUCAAAGUUGGUUCACCAGCGCCCGUCACAAUUUGGCGGCAAGAUGGUCAUAAUAUGGAUACGAACUCCCGCAAGGUUAUUGCGAAGAACGGCACUCUUUAUAUACGUGAAUGCCAGUCUAGCGACGCUGGUAAUUAUACGUGCAGUGUCGAGAAUACAUGGGGAAAGGAUGAGAUUAUCUAUAACAUUGUUAUAAAAGUACCACCAGAAGCACCUAACUUAACGGUGGUGAAUAGUUAUACAGAUAGUUUACAUCUUGAAUGGAUGGACAAUAGUCACGGUGGAAGCCCUAUUCUUGGUUAUGUAAUAAAUUAUAAGCGAGAAAAUGGUGAUUGGGAGGAAUUGCAGGUGGAUGCUAAAACAAACUCACAUUUAUUAACAAAUUUAUGGUGCGGAACACGUUAUCAACUCUACAUAACUGCUUACAACAAAAUCGGUACAGGUUUGCCGUGUGACAUUGUUAAUUCUUACACGAAAGGAAAUCCACCAGUACAACCGAAACAUUCUCAAAUGAUCACGAACAAUUCGACCAGUGUCACAUGCUGGCUGGAUUCAUGGGGCGAUGGAGGUUGUGGCAUUUUAUACUUCAUGAUUGAGUCUAGGGUGUUUGGGAGAUCCCAAUGGAAUGUUAUUUCAAAUCAUAUUCCUCCGACUGAACGCAUUUAUACGGUUAGUGAUUUAGUUCCUGGCACUAAAUAUCAACUAAAAGUUACAGCUCACAAUAAUGCUGGUUCUACAACAGCAGUGUACAAUUUUACAACACUCUCAUCACAAGGAGUUAUAUAUUCCACAGAUCACGCGAAUCCUGUGUCUCACAUGAGUGAUGGUCCCUUUUAUGCGAACUUUAAGGUGCUACUUCCUGUAUGUCUUUCAAUGUUUAUGCUAUUAGGUAUAAUAGCAGCGGUGCUACUUAUUCGUAAACGAAAAAUUGACAAUCAAGCGCGUUUGGCCUCUUCUUCAAUGUCCGAGUCGCCAUCACUGGCCAAUUUGCAAAAUAAACAAAAUCGAGAUCAACAGUACUUAGCCGUGCGAUGCAACCCUGGUAGUGGACCUACACGUGGUUCGCAUUCAAAUGACUCAGGUAGCUUUGGCAAAGCUGAAGGCAAUGAAUAUAUAGAAGAUAUCUGUCCAUAUGCAACAUUCCAACUAAAUAAACAAACAUACAGCGAAAGCUCAUAUAGUGGUAAUGUAUACAGUGGACCGUACCACUCUGUGCGUGGCUCAUUUGUGUAUCACGAUGUGAAACCAGACAAUUAUCAUUCGAAAGAGCCGGAGUAUACAAAGGUGCGUCGGAAAGUUGGGCGUUUACGGGAUCCGCAUUCCGAAAGUCAAGAAUCGGACAAUCCAGGUUCAACAGAUUCCGAAGUUAGGAAAAUCCUAACUCUUCACAUACCAAUUACAGAAUAUGACACAUUAGGAUCCGAGUCCGACAACGACGUGUCUACCCGAGGAAUCAACUCUGCGAAGUAUCGUACUCAACGUGACACUCAAGAUGAAACAUCUUCAUCGUCCGAGACAACACCGACAAGUUUAUCGAGAAAAUCGAAACCCCCAUUUGUAGCUCGUAAGAGCGGAAAAUCAGGUACAAGUGGCAAACGCCAUGUGCGCAGCUCCAGCGGUUAUUCAAGUCACAACGAAGAAACAACGUUUAGCAUAUCUAACUAUCCACAAAAUUACCAGGACCACAUAAAUCCACCAGCGCGAUUUUCCGACACUAAUGACAAAUCCAAGGCUCAAACUUCACCUCGAGUACGUGGCAAUCAGAAACUACAAAGAGAAGCCUUUCAAAUUAAUGUGUAACAACAACGGACUAAAGCCGUGCUGAAGUGCGAAACAGAACAGAAAGACGCAAAGUGAUCAUUUGCCAAAUAUCUAUGAAAUCGGAAUGUGAAUCUAUUUUACUUCUUGAGGUCACCUAAUAAAACGAAAUUCUAUUUUGUAAUUUUUCCUCGUUUUUUAGCGCAUUUUUAUCAA